AUGCCACCUAAAUUUGAUGGUGAGGGCAGUUUAGUGGAUUAUAUGGUUCAGUUUGAAGUGACUGCAGAAAUAUAUAAAUGGAAUAAAAAUGGGAAAGCAAAAUUUCUUGCAAUUAGUUUAGGUGGAAAGGCCAGGGAUAUUUUUGGCACGCUUCGAGCUGAUGAUGUACGUAACUAUGAUUGUUUAGUUAAAGCACUACGACAGAAAUUUGAUCCUCCUGAACUAGCAGAAAUGUAUAAGGUCCAGCUGCGGGAAAGGCGUCGUAAGGCUGGUGAAAAUUUACCAGAUUUUGCUUCCUGCAUACGAAUGAUUGUUAAGAAGGCUUAUCCAACGAGCAGCGAUUUUAUUAAAGAGGAAAUGGCCAAAGAUCAUUUCGUUCAAUAUUUUGGCAAUGGGCAAAUGCGCAUGCUAGUAAGCCAGGCACGCCCACGUGAUUUGAACUCAGCACUUCACCAUGCCAUGGAACUGGAAGCUAUCAAAUGUUCGGAUCCGGAUACCCGAACAGCUUAUGUAACUAAUGUCAAGGACAAACUGGCAAAGAAGUCGACAGAUUUAGGGAAUAAAGAAAUGAAGGUGUUAAUAAUGGCACUUUCGGAAGAAAUUAAGUUGUUGAAGCAGAAAGUUGAGACAAAAGAGCGAACAGUGAAUUCUCUGAAUCCUAAUUCCUCUGGUCUUUUUGUGGAAGGGCUUGUUGAAGGUGAUUUCACAGAAAUGUUGAUAGACACCGGGGCUGGAUUGUCUAUGUUAUCCAUUGAUUGUUAUAAAUCGAUGGCAAAUCCUCCACCCUUGAUGCCUGUAACAUGCAGGUUGUUUCAAGUGGAUGGCACACCUUUACAAGUUAUUGGUCGAACUCUUUUCAAUUUUGAAAUAGGAGGGAUGAAAUUCAAAUAUCCUUUUGCAGUCUUGAAUAUGGCGACUUCAGCUAUUCUUGGAUUUGACUUUCUUACAGAUGAAAAUGUUAUUCUUAAUAUUGCUCAACGUGAAGUGUAUGUAGAUGGUUAUAUUAUUGAAUGCUAUACCAAAGGUGCUUUUGGUGUUUGUAGAGUUAAAGUCGAAGAAGAUAUUGUUUUAUUGCCUGGAUAUGAGCAAGUUGUAAAUGCCAGAAUUGAUUCUGGAGAUAAGUCCUUUGGAAGAACUGACAGCAUAAUUGAGCCUCUGAAAGAUGUUGCCACUAAUGCUCCUUUAGUUGGUUGUAGUUUAGUGAAGGCUUAG